AACAUAUCUCCCAAAUUCUAAUAUUGUGUUUAGGCAAUCGUAAAAAUCAAAUCCAAAACGUCCAAACUUGACCACUGCCCAUAUAAAUAUUUCUUUCACUGUGUAAUUCCCACAAUUUCACAAGGCUUAAACUUUCCCUGUCCGACCCUCAUUUUAUCAUAAUUGUUCAUUUUCUAUCUUCUAUCACUAAUCAAAUUCCAACCUUUCAGGAUUGGGUGUUGUUAGCUCGUCCCUCAAGCUCCAGCUACAAUCAGAGGCACACAUAGCAGCGAAACCACACCGAAGCGAUGGCUUCAACCGCUAACCCUUUGCUCUGUUCUAACUUCUUCGGGACUAAAUUUCUACUUUCUCCUCCCACUCCCAAAACCACCAAAUGGCCAAUAAAUCCUUUGCCUUUCUCCUCCAGAAGAAAGUUUCUGAUGACUAAGAACAGUCUCAACAGAAAACCCAAUUCAGAAACCCUCAAAUCCAUACCAUCCCAAGCCGCUCUAGCUGCCCUUUUGUUUACUUCACUCACGCCUAACGCCUUAGCCCUAGACAACGCCAAUCCUCCUCAAACUCCUCCACCUGUAGUCGAAGCUCAGCCCGUCCAGCCCGGCUCCGCAGACUCUUCGCCGUUCGGCCAAAACCUCCUCCUCACUGCCCCUAAACCCCAAUCCAGGAACGUCUCUGACCUUCCAGAAGGCAGCCAAUGGCGGUACAGCGAAUUCUUGAACGCAGUGAAGAAGGGCAAGGUCGAGAGGGUCAGGUUCAGCAAAGACGGUUCUGCCCUUCAACUGACCGCUGUUGAUGGCCGCCGCGCCACCGUAAUUGUCCCAAAUGACCCUGACCUUAUAGACAUUUUAGCCAUGAAUGGUGUCGAUAUAUCGGUCUCCGAGGGCGAUUCCGGUAAUGGGUUGUUUAGUUUUAUUGGUAAUCUGUUGUUCCCAUUCCUUGCGUUUGCCGGAUUGUUCUUCCUGUUCCGCCGAGCCCAGGGCGGUCCCGGUGGUCCUGGAGGUCUAGGUGGGCCCAUGGAUUUCGGAAGGUCGAAAUCCAAAUUCCAAGAAGUUCCAGAGACCGGUGUUACUUUCUCGGAUGUUGCUGGAGCUGACCAAGCUAAAUUGGAAUUACAAGAGGUUGUUGAUUUCUUGAAGAACCCAGAUAAGUACACUGCCCUCGGCGCCAAAAUCCCGAAAGGUUGCCUCUUGGUUGGACCACCCGGUACUGGGAAAACCCUUUUGGCACGGGCUGUGGCUGGUGAGGCUGGCGUGCCUUUCUUCUCAUGUGCAGCUUCAGAAUUUGUUGAACUUUUUGUGGGAGUGGGAGCUUCAAGAGUGAGGGAUUUGUUCGAGAAGGCCAAGUCCAAAGCACCUUGCAUUGUGUUUAUAGAUGAGAUUGAUGCUGUUGGGAGGCAGAGAGGGGCAGGUCUAGGAGGUGGAAAUGAUGAGAGGGAGCAAACUAUUAACCAGCUCUUAACUGAGAUGGAUGGCUUCUCUGGUAAUUCUGGAGUGAUUGUCUUGGCUGCUACCAACAGGCCUGAUGUUCUUGAUUCCGCGUUGUUGAGGCCCGGCAGGUUCGACCGUCAGGUCACUGUUGACAGGCCUGAUGUUGCUGGUAGAGUGAAGAUCCUUCAGGUGCACUCCAGAGGGAAAGCACUUGCAAAAGAUGUGGACUUCGAGAAAAUUGCGAGGAGAACACCAGGUUUCACCGGAGCUGACUUACAGAACCUGAUGAAUGAAGCUGCUAUUCUUGCGGCCAGGCGUGACCUCAAGGAAAUAAGCAAAGAUGAGAUAUCCGAUGCUCUUGAGCGGAUAAUUGCAGGACCAGAGAAGAAAAAUGCUGUAGUUUCAGAUGAGAAGAAGAAAUUAGUUGCCUACCAUGAGGCUGGGCAUGCUCUAGUUGGUGCGCUGAUGCCAGAAUAUGAUCCAGUAGCCAAGAUAUCCAUCAUUCCACGUGGUCAAGCAGGUGGACUUACCUUCUUUGCCCCAAGUGAAGAGAGGCUCGAGUCUGGACUGUAUAGCAGAAGCUACUUGGAGAAUCAGAUGGCUGUCGCUCUUGGUGGGAGGGUGGCAGAAGAAGUCAUUUUUGGGCAGGAGAAUGUGACAACAGGGGCGUCAAAUGACUUCAUGCAAGUUUCCCGUGUAGCUAGACAGAUGGUUGAGAGAUUUGGGUUCAGCAAAAAAAUUGGACAGAUUGCAAUUGGUGGACCUGGAGGCAACCCCUUCUUGGGUCAACAGAUGUCAUCCCAGAAAGAUUACUCCAUGGCAACUGCUGAUGUUGUGGAUGCAGAGGUAAGGGAGCUGGUAGAGGAAGCUUAUUCAAGGGCCAAGCAGAUCAUCACAACCCACAUUGAUAUCCUCCACAAACUUGCUCAACUACUCAUAGAGAAAGAAACUGUUGAUGGAGAAGAAUUUAUGAGCCUGUUCAUUGACGGAAAAGCUGAGCUAUAUGUCGCAUGAUUAUGGACUUUUUAGGUGAAAUGAUGUAUAAUAGAGCCCACCCAAGUGGAACCAUGUUUUUAUUGUAACAUAUACACAUGUACACGUCGAGAACCAAUUGAUUAUUCAUCAAAUUCAAGAAAAAAAAUAGCAUUACAAUC